AUGCAUUCGAAUAUUCAAAUACGAAAUUUAUUAACUGAUACAGAUUUAGUUUGCUUUGUGGUUUGUUCGUUAUUUACAAAAGAAGAAUGUGAACAAUUAUUAAAUUCCGAGAGAAAAAACUCUUUUCAGAAAGCUAUAUUCAAUUAUCCAACAUAUUAUCGUAAUAAUGAACGACUUGUAAUUGAUGAUCCGAAAUUAUCUUCGUAUUUAUUUGAAAAAGUUAAAUCUUAUUUACCAAAUCAAAUCGAAACUAAAUCGGAAAAUGAAAUUUGGACUUUAACUGAAUUAAAUAAUCGUUUAAGAUUCUGUAAAUACAAUGCAAAUCAAUAUUUUCAUCGCCAUCUCGAUGGAAUUCAUUAUGUUUCUAAAAGAAAACAAUCAAAAUUAACAUUUAUGAUUUAUUUAAAUAAUGCAAAUGAAUUUGAAGGAGGUAGAACUUUAUUCUACAAGACAAAAGAUUCAAUUGAUAUAUGGGCAAGUUAUAUUCCUCAACAAGGUGAUUUAAUGAUAUUUGAUCAUAAUCUAUGGCAUGAAGGAGAAGAAGUUAUAAGUGGUGAAAAGUUUGUUUUAAGAAGUGAUAUUUUAUAUACAAAAGAUUCAGAUGAUGAUAUUAAAGGAAUAUUUUGUGGACAUUUGGGUUAUAUUUGGAAAAUAUUAAUGUUUGAUAAUGAAACUUUAUUAAGUGCUGGACGAGAUAAAACGAUUCAUAUUUGGAAUAUUAACGGAGAUAUUGGUCAAAUUUUAACAGGACAUCGAAAUUCAAUUUUAUGUAUGGAAAAACUCAAUGAAACUACUUUUCUUUCAGGUUCACGAGAUAAACAAAUUAAAGUUUGGCAAAGAAAUGAAAAUCAAAUCUUUCAAUUAGUUAAUUCAUUUCCUAUGCAUACAGCAACUGUAUUAUCGUUAUGUAAACUUACUAAUGAUUUAUUUGCUUCAAGUGGAGCGGAUAAUUCAAUAAAAAUAGUUAAUAUUAAUGGACAAAUUCAGUAUGAAUUAAUUGAACAUACAAAUUGGGUUUGGCAAGUCAUCAAAUUAACAGAUCAUUACAUUGCAUCCUGUUCGGAAGAUAAUACGAUUAAAAUUUGGGAUUAUCUAAAUGAAAAGUGUAUAAAAACGUUUACUGAACAUUGUCCAGUGAUUUGUUUAACCUAUGAUAAUAUAACAAAUACAUUGAUAAGUGGAGAUCUCAAUGGCGAAAUUGUUAUCAGAAAAUUAUCAAAUGAUUUUAAUGAAAUAAGUUCAAGAAAAAUUAUCGGACAUAAUGGAAUUGUAAGAACAGUUUUAAAAUUGAAUGAAAAACUUCUUGCAAGUGGUGGAGAAGAUAAUAAAAUUAAAAUUUGGAACAUUCAAAAUGGAUCUUGUAUUAAAGAAUUUCAACAUGAAAAUUUUGUACAAUCAUUAGUAUUCACAAAUGAUAAUAAAUUAUUAAGUGCAUCUUAUGAUGGAACAAUAAAAGUAUGGACUAUAUAA